UCACUUGGAGGAUGGUGAUUCAACCGAGCUUCCCAGGGUCAUGGCAUAACUCCCUCUUUGUUCUCUGCAUAUUGGCUCUGCCGCCCCCCACGCCUCUCUCUCUCUCUCUCUCUCUCUCUCUCUCCACUCUUGAGUUUCCGUUGCCGCCGCAAUCCCCUGCCGUCUCUGGUUGCAGCUUCGUCACGCCUGCCGCCCUUCCCCACGCCGUUCGUCCAGCUCCUCUGCCUCGUCCGUGGCAUGCCUUCGCCCACACCGUUUCCAGCCCUCGUUCUCUACCCUACCGUUGCCUCGUACUUCGUCCGUCCAGGGCACGUUGCCGCCAAUCACGUCGUACCCCAGUGCCGCAAUUCAACUUUAGGGACGAACAAAUCUGUUUGAUUCAGAUGUCGAUGAUGAAGAAACCUGAUAAUCUGGUCUCCCAUUCAAGCAAGACGAAUUUCGAGGACAGCGAUGAACACAAAUCGUCCUCUUCUGAAUACGAGGAAGAGGAGGAGGAGGAGAUAGAGCGUGAGCUCGCCGAUGCUACAUUCGAAGAAUUGCAACGAGCGCUUUCGGAUGGGUCGCAUUUGGAGUAUAAAAAGCAUUCGCUGAAUAAAAAGCACCAUGAGGAAAAGAAACCUGGGAGGGCCAACAAGAAUAGGCCAAUGGAGGCGAGUAGCAAGAAGCCGGUUCGUAGGUUUAGAGAGGUGGUUCAAGCUCCUAAGAGGGUCAUACGUGACCCCCGUUUUGAAUCUUUAUGUGGUUCAUUUGAUGCCAAACAGUUUAGGAGCAAAUAUAAUUUUCUCUUUAAGAAAUAUGAUCCUGAUAUAAUAGAGAAAGAACGGAAGAAGUUAGACAAAUCCAAGGAUCCAGAUGCCAUAAGCAGAUUUCAAAACAGCAUAUCUUGGAUGAGGGGUAAUCUUCCUGCUGAAAGAGAGAAACUACGGAAGCAAUUAGCAAAAUCAAAUAACCCAGAAGUCAUUGGUGAAUUAAAGAGCCACAUAACUUGGAUUGAAAAGCAGUUGAAGUCUGAGUCAGGUCAGCGUACUGAUGCAGCAAUUCUGGCUGAACACAAGAAGAAAGAGAGAGAAGCAGCAAAGAGAGGAAAACAACCAUUUUAUCUCUCAAAAAGUGCACUCCAGAAGCAAAGGCUAGUUGAGAAAUAUGAAGAUCUCAAGGCCUCUGGUAAGCUCGAUGCCUUUAUCGAGAAAAGAAGAAGGAAGAAUGCUGCAAAGGACCAUAGAUACAUGCCAUACCGCAGGCCCAACAACCAUGAACAACCAAAUUAAUGGCCUCACAAGUUUUGGUUUCUUGCAUCAUUGGAGAUCUAUAGCCCCAUGGAGUUUUUUCUUUGAUAGGAAAAGAGGAACUUGUUUUACAUUUUGGGUUAGUUUGUGAGUUUGACUUUUAGUGGAUGUAACAGAAUGCUGGGAAGUAGCUAGCAUAGCUUGUAUUGAGCCUUCUGCUGUUCUUACCUGAAGCUAAAUGCUACAUAUUGUUGUUAUGUAAAUUGAUAUCCUCGCAAUCUUUUUUUUUUUUUUUCCUUUUUUUUUGGGGGAGAGAUAUCCUCGCAAUCUUCUUUUGAAUGGCCUUGAUGACGUCUGUUUUUAACAACACUGCUCUUGGAAUAUUUCUCAUCACUUGAAUUUGUAUUAAA